GAUCCGCAGCCGCUCGUGCCGAUCCGACGGCGGAGGCCGCUCCCGCGAGCCCUAUAUGUGCCUUGCUCCCCCCACCCGCGGCCUCCUCCUCCUCCAUUCGGCUGUCGCCGCCGCCUUCCCCUAAACCCUUCUCCCCGAAUCCCCUGCUCAUCGGUUUGGAACAAUGGCGCUGGCUAACAAGCUUGGUGGUCUGCUCAAGAAAGCCACUAGUUCAAAUCCUUCUAUCUAUCAAGCAAUCAGAUGCAUGUCAUCAUCCAAGCUCUUUGUUGGAGGGCUUUCUUAUGGUACCGAUGAUCAAGGUCUCAAAAAUGCUUUUACCAGAUAUGGACAGGUUAUUGAAGCUAGGGUUAUCAUGGAUCGUGAGUCUGGGAGGUCUAGAGGUUUUGGCUUUGUAACUUACACAUCAACUGAGGAGGCUUCAGCUGCCAUCACAGCAAUGGAUGGAUCGGAUCUCGAUGGAAGGAACAUUAGGGUUAACCAUGCUACGGAGAGAACGGGUGGCUUCCGGGGCAGCGGUGGUGGUGGCUAUGGCGGCGGUGGCGGGUACGGUGGUGGUUAUGGUGGUGGUGGUGGUGGGGGCUAUGGUGGCAACUAUGGUAACAGGGGUGGUGGUGGCUAUGGGGGUGGAGUUGCAGGUGGAGAUGAGGGCAAUUUUGCUGCUGGAGGAAGCAACAAUUUUGGCAACAGCUUUGGUGGUGACAGUGGGUUUGGUGGAAACCCUGCUGGUGGAUUUGGUGCUGCCAAUGGCUCCCCUGGUGGUGACGAGUUCUCUCCCAGCUUCAGCGGCAACAAGAACGACGAAAUCAUGGAUGACAUGUUCAAGGAUGACGAGCCUGACAACUACGCCGACAAAAGGGCCUAGCUUUCAUCCUCCGAGCUACCCUAGCGUAUCAGUAGAAAUGAGGUGAAGUGAUCAUCAGGAUCAAUUCCAGAACAAUCUGUAGUGGCUGGUGUUUUUCUGUUAACUUUAUAGGUCUCUUCUGUCUAAAUAACGGAACGAGGCACGUUGUUUUGAGUUUGCCGAACUAUCGAAGUGUGCUUUAUUUGACCUGCUCUGUUGCAUGUUUGCACUUCUGGCAAACGAUGGCAUUCCUGUCUUUAGGCCAUUUUGCUAGUGUUAUCUGUUAUGUCCUGGCCUGCUAAUCCAUCUGGCUUGCUUUAUGCCAUCUGGAAUUAUGUA